AUCGCGCUUAUCAUUGUUGGGUUAUUUCUUCUCUCGGUCGCUGUGGCUUCUUUAUGUUAUGUAUGGAAACAAAGGAAAGACGAUGAAGCAAAGAUUGAGAAAUUUCUUCAAGAUUACAGAGCUCUUAGACCUGCAAGGUACUCUUAUGCUGAUAUAAAGAAAAUUACUCAUAAUUUUGAUAAUAGAUUGGGACAAGGAGCCUAUGGAAUUGUCUACAAAGGAACGUUAUCGAAUGAUGUUCAUGUUGCUAUUAAGAUGCUAAACAGUUGGCAAGGAAACGGAGAAGACUUCAUCAAUGAAGUUGGAAUCAUGGGUAAAAUCCACCACGUUAACAUCGUAAGAUUGGUGGGGUAUUGUGCAGAUGGAUUCCGAAGAGCUCUGGUCUAUGACUUCUUACCAAACGACUCCCUUGAGAAGUACAUCUCGUCCGAUAAGGAAAAAUCAUCCCUUGGAUGGGAGAAGCUGGAGAGUAUAGCUCUGGGCAUUGCCAAAGGAAUUGAAUACCUUCACCAAGGAUGCGAACAGAGGAUCCUUCACUUCGACAUCAAACCUCACAACAUUCUUCUCGAUCUUAACUUGAUCCCAAAGGUAUCUGAUUUCGGACAAGCAAAGCUUUGCUCGAAAGAUCAGAGCGCAGUGUCCAUGACCACUGCCAGAGGCACAAUUGGAUACAUUGCUCCUGAAGUUUUCUCUAGAAACUUUGGGAGUGUCUCUUACAAAUCGGAUGUAUACAGUUUUGGAAUGUUGUUGCUGGGAAUGGUUGGAGGCAAGAAAAACAUGGAUGAUGCGAACCAAAUAUGUUAUCCGGAAUGGAUUUACAACCAACUGGAUGGUGGUGGGGAAGAACUGAGAAUCCAAGUGGUGGAAGAUGGGGAUGGUGUUAUCAUUAGGAAACUAGCCAUUGUCGGGCUUUGGUGCAUUCAAUGGUGUCCAAACGAUAGGCCAUCGAUGAAAGUAGCAGUGCAAAUGUUGGAGGGAGAUGGAACCUCCUUGACAAUGCCUCCUAAUCCUUUUGCCUCAACAAAUUAUGGGACUACUACUGUCAGCAGUCCUUUCUAUAACCAACUUCAUGUUAUAGAAGAAUAAGAGACCAAGGAUUAAACAUAAAA